UACAUCUACCCUUGUUUACAAAAUAUAGAAUGGGAACGAGAUAAUUUAAUCCAUAGCUGCAAAAGUGAUAUUUGGAUUUAAAAUCUUAAAAGUAAAAACUAAAGAAUCAUGGAUUUUGACAUGCAAGAAAUAAAAAGGCACAACAGCUUUACUAGUCCUAAAACCAGAGCACCGGUCUCGAAAAGAGUUGGAAGAGAACGAUGCCAUAGUUAUCACUCACAAACUCCUACAAGAAGAUCGGAACCAGAAUCUUGUUUACGGGUGCCAAAAAUGUCAUUUAGAGUGGUUCGUAGUUCAAAAUUCCGCCACGUUUACGGGCAAGCCCUGAAAAGGGAGCAGUGUUAUGAUAAUAUAAGAGUAUCGAAAAGUUCUUGGGACUCUACGUUUUGUGCCGUGAACCCCAAAUUCCUGGCGAUUAUCGUGGAGUCCGCCGGCGGAGGCGCCUUCAUAGUGCUGCCACACAACAAGGUUGGGCGUAUACCAGCUGACCAUCCGUUAGUGGGUGGGCACAAAGGCCCAGUGUUGGACAUAGCGUGGUGUCCGCACAACGACAAUGUCAUCGCCAGCGGCUCCGAGGAUUGUGUUGUUAAGGUGUGGCAAAUCCCAGACGGCGGUCUCUCCCGCACCCUCACGGACCCUGUGGUGGACCUCGUGUACCACCAGCGGCGAGUGGGGCUGGUGCUGUGGCACCCCACCGCGCAGAACGUGCUGCUCACCGCCGGCUCUGAUAACCAGAUAGCGAUAUGGAACGUGGGCACUGGCGAGGUGCUGAUCACGCUGGACUGCCACCCGGACCUCAUCUACUCGGCCUGCUGGAACUGGACCGGCUCAAAGCUCCUCACCACCUGCAGGGACAAGAAAAUUAGAAUAAUUGAUCCACGCAAGGGUGAAGUAGAGUCGGAGGCUAUUGCCCACGAGGGCAGCAAGGCAUCCAGGGCGAUUUUCCUCAAACAUGGCCUCGUCUUCACCACUGGGUUCAGCCGCAUGUCGGAGCGCCAGUACACCCUGCGGACACCGGACGCGCUCAACGAGCCCAUCGUGACAGUCGAGAUCGACACCAGCAACGGCGUCAUGUUCCCGCUCUACGACCCGGACACCAAUCUCAUCUACCUCUGCGGCAAGGGCGACUCCGUCAUCAGAUACUUUGAGGUGACCCCAGAGCCACCGUUUGUCCAUUACAUCAACACGUUCCAAACACCAGACCCACAGAGAGGUAUCGGCAUGAUGCCGAAGCGCGGCUGCGACGUGGCCACCUGCGAGAUCGCCAAGUUCUACCGGCUCAACAAUUCGGGCCUGUGUCAGGUGGUGUCGAUGACAGUGCCACGGAAGUCGGAGCUGUUCCAAGAGGACCUGUACCCUGACACGCUGAGCGACGAGGCGAGCCUCACGGCUGACGAGUGGAUCGGCGGCGAGGACGCGGAGCCGUGCACCAUGUCGCUCAAGGAGCGCGCGCUGGUUGUGCAGGGCGGGUACGUGUCGGGCCGCGCCGCGCAGCAGCUGCACGUCACCAAGAAGGCCAACGCACUCGCCGGCGCCAAGGAGAAGGACAAGGACCGCUCGCCCACGCCCGCCGCCGCCGCCGCCGCCGCCCCGCCGCCCAGCGCAGGGAACGCCGACCCCACGCCGCCGCCCGCCGCCGCCAUCUCCCCCGCUGUGGAGAAGCAACUGUCGGACCUGGUAGACGAGAUCCGCAAACUAAAAUCCGUGAUAGUCAAACAAGAGAAUCGAAUCCGUGCCCUAGAGGCUGCAGUCAAGGGAGUACUGUCCCCGCCAGCUUCGUCCCCUCAGCCGGUAGCUCCGGAACCACCCAAUCAUGAUUCACCCGACGCUAUGGCUCCGGACGAGGUCUGAACAUGUUUAUAUAUAUAUAUAUUUUUUUUUUGUAUUUUUAAUCGACUAAUAGUUGAGACAGGCGGGUUCCCUAUUGGAUGUUUGUAGUUUAUGUCUUUGCUUAUUUUUUUUUUUAAUCACACGUGUCCGUCGACUUAUGAAUGUUCUAGAGAUAAGCUUCAAGCGACGGCGAGUGUUCUAUAUGUCAUGUGAAUCAUCUUUCGAGUAUAUUUUGUUAUUAUUAAUGACUGUUUACAACGAACAAUGAUUGCUCUAAGCGUCUUAUUGUUGUGCUGUUGACACGUGUCUUUUUAAUGUACAGUAAUAAAAAAAUAAAAAAAUGUAUUUAUGUUGUUCAGAAAAAAUAUGGCUGUAUGGUAUUAAUACCUUUGUCUUAGUAGGAUAAAUAAAAAUCUGAUAGUUUAUCGUAAAUAAAGAAAAUCGUGCAAUAAAUUUACUAAGCUCAUUUUCACAAUAAAGUGCUCAUUAAAAAAAAAAAAACUGUUAACUGUAAUAAAAUCAUCUAUUUCGAUUAAAAAUACAAACAGGUUGAUAUUUUUUCUGCAACUGGCAAUUAUGAGUUAUUGCAACGUACAAUCUAAUAUCAUCUCUGUUGUAAAUAAAACAAAGUCUAUUCUCCCAAGUGUGUAUUAGCCGAUGACGUAUUAAAAAGAUCUCUAAAGCAGUUGGAGAAUGAAUAUCAACGCAAUGACAAUGAAAUAUCAAAUACAUUUAAUAAAUUAUAAUACACUUGUAAUGUUAUCAAAAUAAUAGUCCGCCAUGUUGGCAUGUCUUAGCUGUCAAAGAAAUUUUAUAAAUAAAAAAAAAUGUAUUUCUGAAUGUGAAUGAUAUAGCAAAAAGAAUUUUAGGAUAUAUAUUCAAUAAAUAAUUUUACAUGUAAAUCAACAAUUAAUACGUACUGUGAAUUAUUUUCAAGUGCAUUUUUUUUUUUACAAAAAGGCAAAUAAUAAAAUUAUACACAACACGAUAAAAAAAAAAACACGACAAUAUUCUAGAUGCACUUAUCCAUAGCUAAGUUUGCAGAUAUUUUUUUUUUUAAAGCAAACUUUAUUUUUCAAUUGUCAGACAUUUUUUUAUUUUGAUAGCAUUGUGUUACAAAAUGUUUAUAGAAAUAUUUGGCUUGUUUGUUGAUCCUUUACAAAGUCUGGCAUCGUCUGCAUUAUCUGACCGUCGUCUUAACAAUGUAAUUAAACAAUUUCCAAUAUUGACUGUUUAUUUGAAGUGACUCCGUAUAGCUUCAAAGUGAUUUGCAUACAUUGAGCAGAGGUUUUGUACAAGAGUUGUCUCUCUCUGUCACACUGCACUGUGUCUAACGAGAUGUGACAGUGAAAUUAUUUCUCUUUUAGUUAUUUAUUUUAUUUAUUAUUUUCGAGGGUAGUUUAAAAUAAUAAUUUAAUAAUUAAUUUCUUUUUUAUACAACUUUGAAUGGCAAACAAGCUGACGGCCUUACCCUGAUGGAAAAGGGGUAACCGUCGCCUAUAGACAUGAGCAAUAGUAAGCUAAUUAAAAGCUACCACAUAUAGUUAACGAAAAUUGAAUUAGUUACAGUCUAGAUCAGUGUUUCCCAAUUAUUUUUGUGCCACGCCCCACAUGAACAUUUCUAAAAUUUUUAUGUCCCCAUACAUAAUUUUUCCCGACAAAGUUUACUCGACGACUCUAAUCGCCCAGUUGAUACUUUGGUAACGUCAAAUGAAAUUAUACCUAAUAAAUAUUUACAGCUUUUUUUAUUUACUUUUUUUUUUGUUAAAUUUUGCACUGACAUCUACUUGUAGCAUUGCAUUUAAAUGGCUUGAAGCAAGAGGGUUAAAAUCGCUUCGAGUCCGUUUUUUAAUUGCCCCCCUUAACUAUCAAAUUGUCUCUCUGUGGGGCGUGGGCCCCACGUUGGGAAACACCGGUCUAGAUAAUUAAUAAGUUUGCAAACAGAAGCUCGUUAAAAUCUAAAUGAAUAAUUUGCUAUAGUUUUUCUUAUAUUCUUGCUAAGUCUUACUGACUUGUCAUCAGGAAUGGCAUCGCAGAAAUUUAAGGCAAAAAAAGUAAUUGAAAAAUAUGUGAAAUUGUUUAAUUAUUUUUUAAUUUUGACAGGUAGAGUGCCAGUUUCUUUGUGUACACCCAAUUUGAUAAAUGUUCUGAUAUUUCAUUGUUUAAACACAUUAUGAAUUGAUAUGUAUAUUUAUUUAUAAUAUAUUGUUGUAAAUACAUUAGUUUUUAAAGUGAUACGCAGAAUAUAUUGUGCCUUAUAUACAUACAUACAUACAGUAAAUUAUAAUAUAUACAAAGUGUAAGUCUGUGUGUAACAAGACGAAAUCUAGUGACCAGUUGGUAUGGAAUUUGUAAAGCAUUGUCGAAUGAACCCUUUCAUACAAAAUGUAUUUUGUGACCAUACAGUUUGUAUGAAAGUUAGUAUACAAAUAUAGGUAGUUAAUCAUUAUUAUUCUCCCCGAAUGAUGAUAGUAGAAUUAGUUUAAACGAACUUGUCAGUGAUGUUUGAUCAUUGUAUGUAACGCUUGCCAAGCGUGGCAACUACUGGCAAACCCCCAAGUAGGGCUUAUUUUUAACAGUGGACAGUUAAAGGCUGAUAUGACAAUAUCUAUAUAUAGUCAAUAUAUAGAGAGAGGGAGACUUUGUACAAAAGUCGUUUAUUUGGGUACCUCUGUCCCACUCGUGUUUCAACCGUGAAGCAGUUGUGUUUGCAUGGCUAUGUUUCGGUUUGAAGGGUGGGAUAUGGCGUGAAUUUACUGGGUACAGAGGAAUAACACCUGAGUCCUCAGGAAUGGCAACGCGUGGGGGGUAUCAUGGGCGAAACAGUAUACUCUGUUAUGUCCAUGGUACUGCUCAUGUCUAUAGGCGACGGUUACCACUUUCGAUCAGGUGGGCCGUCAGCUUGUUUGCCAUUCUAAGUUGUAUAAAAAAAAACCUAUUCCUCUGUCAGAGAGAAUAUUUUUGUCUAUGCUCCUUUAGGUUUGGGUAGUUGACGAAUACUGUACUAGAUUUCGUUUAUACCGUCUUUGUUACACGCUGUACUAUACUAGUUAUGAGUCACAACAUUGAUAUUUGUAAAGGAAUUUAAUAAAACAAUUGGUGAUGUAUAUUUUGUGCAUUUAGUGUUUACAAAUUAUUUGAAAAUUAAUCAUUCAUUCGGAGUUAUUGUAAAACAGAGGGUUAGAUAUCGAUUGGCUGUCCGUGUGUAGCAUUUUAUAUAUAUAUAUAUAUUUUUUUUUAAUGGAUGAUAAUGGAAUGGUAACCCCAUACCUAUCAACCAGUGAUAGUUGAUAGGUGAGGCUGAAAAGGCAGGUUAGUUAGCCCAUCGUGAUGAAUACACUUGGAAUUCAGCACGAUGGUUUCCAGGGGGGACCACGGGGAGGUCGACCUGUUAGGGUAUAUUAUUAGCAACGGAACUGAUAAUCCGCAUAACUGACAAUCCUUUCUCCCCCUACUAGAGGAACAUAUUGAAAAAUACAUAUAUACAUAAUGGGAUUGUAUAUAAGAGGCUAGAUCAUCAAUUACAGUCGCUUCAAAGCGCCUUUGCCAGUCAAAGGUUUGUUAGGUUUUGAUUCACGUGUCGGUUGUGGGUGCAUCAAAAAGUAGACAGAAUUCACUUUGGACAAAUGUGUAUAAAACUUGAAAAUGGCGCGUGAUACAAUCGAAUAUAAAUUCAAUAAUAUAUUUUAAAAAAUAAAUGGUGUAACACUCGUCAAAUUCAUGCCCAUGUCCUAAUUGUUAGGACAUCGAUGUAAUAUGAUAUUUAUUUAAUAACAUACAAUGAUGUUCUUCAAAAAUGGCGUAUUGAGAUUUCUUAAAGGUUGGCAACGCACGCCUGACAUCCUUGGUGUUACAGGCGUCCAUAGGCUGUAUAUCAUCACACGGGCCGUAUGCUUGUUUGCCACCAUAGUAGUAUAAAAAAAAAUAAGACAUAAUUAUAAAAAAAAAAAUGUCUCAAAAUGGACCCGGAUUUUAGAUUUUUGCUAAGGAAAAAAUAAGCUUAUUACAUUUUACACAUGUCCAUAGACAAUUUUGUCCAGUGUACUCUUGUCAUUAUUUUUAUAAUUGUCAGAUGGCAACACUAAAGCUCUAUCUCCUUCUAACCCUUUGUUUUGCACUAGUUUUUUUUUUUUUAAUUUUCUUAUUCUCUACUAAUUUUGUCAUGUUAUGUUGGCACCACUGUCUCACUCUGUAGGCGAAGUAAUUUAUUAAAGGUGUUAGGACGCAAGCGUGUGCCGUGACUAUUAUUAUAUUAUUAAUCUAUUUUAUCCCACUGCUGGGCAAAGAUUUCUAUAUUUCCUUGAAAGUUGUACAGAUAUACAGGUAUAAAUAAUAAGCCAUAAUGAUAUAAUUACCAUAGACUAACUUGUAAGAUCUCAUGUGUUUUUUCGAAUUUUGUAUUCUGAUGUCUGUGACUGACUGUUUUAGUCAAUUAUUAUAAUUACCUUUAUAUAAAUGUUUUUCUAUAGCAAAUUUCUUUGAAAUAUUGUAGUUCUAGAUAUUAUAUUAAAAAAAAAAAAAAACUAGAUUCUUUGACGAAGUAUUUAAAAAAAGAAAACAGACAUCCCAUAAAUGAGCUGUUAUAUAUUGAAAAAGGAACGUGUAAUCAGUCAAGAAUUGGGCAUAAUGACACUAAUACCUUUGCCUUAUUGUGAUUUUAUUAAUUUACACAGUCACCGCACGUUUGCGUUCGUAACAUUGAAUUUAGUUAAGUUAGUAUUAAGAGUAUCUUGUGUUAUGGUGCUUAUUGUAAUAAUUGAUAAUGUAAUGCGUUACGCUUCUAUAAGUGCUGGCUCAAUGCGUUGAAUUCUUUUAAUGUAACUUUAAUUUAAACCUAUUGAGGGCGAUUUACCUUUCAUGAGGCCAAUGUGUAACUAGGAGACGGUUGGGAACCUCGUUUUAAAUUAGGACUGACCAAGUUGGUUAGUUAGAAAUAAUGAAAAAUUUACAAUAAUUUAUUCAGUCGACCUGUGGGUUGAUUCAGAAUAUUGUUUUUUAGCAAUAGUGCCUUGUAUCAUAUUGGGGUCGUUUCUGAGGCAUCAUUAUUUUAAACCUGUCUCUAAAAUUACAAUUUGAUAUCACAGCAGAAUCUUUAUUUUUUGUUCAAUAUGAACUAAAUUUCUAAAACAGUUAAAUCGAAGUUAUUAGAAAUUCAGUAUAUGAUGGUUUAUAAAAUAGUAAUUUCUCGAAACUAUUAAAUUAAAAUAGGUUAAGAGAAUUAAUGCCCCAGAAUCGGCUUCAUUGUGCCCUUUUUAAAUAUUUUACUAAUACUACUGUAUUACACUGUGGUACAAAUAAAACAAACAAACUAGGAUGCAAAUAAAAACAAUGAAUUGACAAUAUGGUGGUGCUAUUGGGGGGGGGGGGGGAAGAGAGUCUUAUUUCGACGGUUUUUGUUUUUGAAAAUGAUAUUUUUCUCAAUAUAAAACUAUUUUUUUUUAUUUUAGUACCAGAUAGGUUUAAAAAAAUGUUUAUUCUUCAUAACUAAACAGUGCCAAAUUAGACGAUCCAAUGUUAACAGACGUGGUCAAUGACCUCCCCCCCACUCCACCGCGAAUACAGCUGUCCUAGUUACGCUCGAGUUCAAUUAGAACAAUGCUAAUUGUUCUGAAACUAACUGUUAUACUGAACUGACUGACAAUAACACACUUUAUGCCAAAUUUAACCUGUUUUAAUGUUAUUAACAUCGUUCCAAGUCUGUUGUUAUGACAAAACUAUUUUGAUUGAUGACACACACACAUAUAUAUAUGUGUAUAUAUAUAUGUAUAUAUAUAUGUAUAUAUAUAUACACAUAUAUGUGUGUGUCUGUGUACAAGUAUAUAUAUGUACACAAUAAUAUUUAAAUAAAUUUAAAAAUGUUUAAUCUUGUUGAAAUUGGCAUUACUAACAUCCUUUUGCACGAAUGUUCUACUAGCAAACCUGCCCCCCUAUACAGGCUGCAAACGAAACUACUUGUAGAAUCGCUUGUGUCAACGCUCACAUGCGAAAGAAGAUGACAGUGCAUGUCGCCGUCUCAUUCUGUCAAAUGGACUCGCUGGCAACAACGAUUCUAUCAAUAGAUUCGUUUGUAUUUGUCAUGGGAGGCUGAAUGUUUUUAUCAAAGAAACAUGAAUCGAAUAGUGAUUAAAAAAAGCUGAGUUUAUUUCUCAAGUUAGUAUAAGAAGCUGAAAUUUUAUAAGCUUUUUCAUGUUUUUUUUUUUUAGAAAACGUGUUGUUUCGCUGGUAGAAUACUGCUUCGAAAAUAUGAUAUUUAGGUUUCAUCCAAUAUGUCUAAAGAUUUUUUUUAAUUUCUAAGAACAUUUGUAUUUGUAAAACUGCAUAGUUCUUGUAAAAUAAAAACAGAGAAUCUAUGCAGAUUCUCUGUUUUAUAUUUAGAAAUUUAGUAGUCUGAGUUACAUUUUUAAAUAAAAGUACAGGUACAGAAAAGAACUGUUUAUCCAAAAUCAAAAACAUUUUGAAGUUAUCAUUACUUCAAACCUAUGUAAAUUAUAUAUACCUUCUAAAUGGAUAAAGUUUUCUCCAAAAUGGUAUAUGUAAAAUUUAUGCUAACCUCAAAAUUUUUUAAUUAUGGUAAUUUCAUCAAAUUAGUUUUGUGGUUACACUAGAUUUGUCUAUUGUCGCGACUUCUUACUUUACAGUGCCACAGUUUGGCGGUUUUUGAAACGGGCUAUACUCCAGUAUAUUCAAAUAUUUUUUUAAAUACAUAUCUAUUGUACAUUUUUAAGGUUCAAUUUUGUUUGAUAAUUCUGACAAUUUAUUUUAAACAUUUGCCCGCUUCUGUUUACUAGUGACACUGUAUUAAUUUCAUCAAUGUUUAAUCCACUUGUUCUAAGUAUUCAAUUAAUUUAAAGCUUCGUUGUAACAUGAUUAACACAUAAAUUUAUUUCUAUGGCUGUCCCUUUUGUCUCCUUUGACAUUAUGUGAACGUCGACGAGAUGUUAGUGUCUCGCUUUUAGUCAAUUGUUUAUGGUUCUUCUUGACAGCUAGUCAUGUCAUUUAGGAAUUGACAAUAUUUGACAGUUGCACUGUCACGGUGACAGCGAGUAUUAUAGAUUAAAUUGUAUACCUAGUAUUAUUAUUAUGACGAUUAUUUCAUUUUUUUUUUGCUAAUUUUAAGAUGGCGUAAUUUUAGAUGUUCUAAUUUUAAGACCAUGACAAGGCAGUGUAUGGAUUUUUAUGUGUAUGUCAGUGCUUGUUUUAAUUUUGAGGGUUUCGUGUAAAUUAUUAUUUCUUUGUACGUGAAGCUUUUAUUGAAUUUUCUUUUUGUAGGCUUUUAACCGUAUUAUGUAAAUGCAAACAGUUAGCAAUAAAAUGUACUUACUGUAAACUUAUACGACAAUAAUAUAAUAUAUAUAUGUAUGAAAUGUUAUUUUUUACGUUGAAUAUUUGUAAUGGUGUUUUUGAUCACCGUUUGAGAUGCUUACCUAAUGAUUAAUAUAUCGAAUUUCAUAGUAUGAAUACAGGGGCUUCCAUAUUUGAUAAUUAUGUGUAUACAAAGCUGAGAGUGGAGAGGGAACGCCCCGUGUGAUGGUGCUCGCUAUGCUAAUUAAUUCACAUAUGUAUAUUUGCUACUGAAUUUAAACCGCGAGUAUUGGUAACUGGUAAAAGAAAAUAGUAAAAUGUAACGCACAAUCUGUACUCGUGUGAUAGAAGGACUAAUGCCUGUUAUAUUGGUGCUGUGUAGGCGAACCGGUGGCCGACGUCGGCGGUUGGGAAUUUUAGAAUUAUGUACUGAAAUUAGGUCGUUUCAGAUCGUUGAUGAUUUACGUCGUAUUGACUACCCAUCAAUCUCCUUUUACCGAGACCCGAGUCUACUUAAAGAAUAUUCUAUUUUCUAGUUUUGUAGGGUUUUUAUAUCCCUAUUACUGAUGAUGUAAGAACAAUAAAUUGCUGUGGGGGGGGGGGAUUUUCGGCUUAAUUAUUUUUAUUUCACCCUGAAAAAGUAAAUAUGCUAAAUUAUGAAGUCCUAUCUAUGGCGUGAAAGGGAGUGAUUAUUAUUUGUAUUAGAAAGGGGGGGGGGGGAUGUUCGGUUUCACUUACUGAACGCUUAGUGAUUUUUAUACACACUGUAAAAGUAAGUAAUACUGAAGUAUUAAGCUCCGCCUGUGCCGCGUUGGCCCACCGGCGCGCGGUAGUGAUCGUGCCAAAUAUCAUGUUCGAUUGUAAAGCGAACCUAACACGUAUACUGUAUCGAAAUAUAUUGUCAUAAUUAUGUGUUAAGUGCCUUGUUGUGUUGAAAUACUCAAAUCAAAUGUUGCAGUUACGAGAGUUGAGCAGAAAUAUAUGUCUAUUUUACUAUUUUCA